GGCGAGCGCAGCAGCACGCAUGGGUACACAUGGGAGGCCUGCUCCCUCCUCCCCGUUGGGCACGGUUCUCUGCCCAGGACCUUUUGCGUGAACUGCUCUCAUCCUUCCUCCCUAUUUCUCACCUUUAGUGCGGAGGUGGUCACCAUCACAGAGCUGCACUGUUCUGCUGUCUUUGAUACACAGUUGGAUUCCAGUUUCCAGUUCCCUUUAUUGAGAAUGCGAAGCCGCGUCCUCCGAGGCUGCCUGCAGCUGUGUGAGCUGGUGUCUCCUGGGAGAACGUAGGGCUAUGGAGGAGCCAAUGGCUGUGCCCGGUCUCCCGUCCAGAAAUGCCCCCUUCUUGGGGAGUAUUCCAGAUUUCUUCCACACUCUGCUUUGACCAGCUAGCCAGGCUUCCUGAGUUCCUGGUUUUCCCUUCCUGCCUGGGUGUUUGUGGGAUGUCCAUCGAAGAUGCUACUUCAGAGCUUCUGCUCCUGAGUUGCCUCCAAGGAUCCUUUCCUCUGCCAUCCUUGAGACAUGUUCAAGUUCUUUUGUUUUGAGUCUGGCUGUGCGUAGUGGUGCACACCUUUACUCCCAGGAAGAGAACCCGAGGCAGCGCUGCAGGCAUUGGACAUAGUUGUCCUGUCUUGGGACUCUGCAGUCUCAUGUAUCUGAGAAGAAGCACUGGUUGGGGAUUGCACUGAGAAACACUUGAAACAGAGCAGACAACAUCUACCAUGUUGCUUGGAAGUUUGGCCAAAAUGAAUAAAAAACCAGCAUCAGAGAAAUCGUUCACAGAGUGAAGGCCCGGCCUGAGGUCCCUUUGAAAAGGAAAUGUCGAGCGACAAAACUUAGAAAGUUUUCCUCAAGAAGCAGGAGAGAGGGCCAGCCCCCGACUCCCCCUCGGUUCCCUUUCACUUGUCCCAGAUGCUAGCUGGGAGAGUCCCGUGAGAGAAGAGGACUUUGUGGCUCUCCCAGCGCCUUAACGCUUGGCCAGAGUAACUAUCAUUCGCCUAGGAUGGCCACCCUCGGUCUGUCUCCCACACUUGCCGGAUCCACGCAGGACCUCACAGGUCCCCAGGAGGUGGUUCUCCUUCCUUCCAAAUACCAUACCCAUGCUCAGAACAUGGAUCUGUUUGCUUACCACAGCCUGGAGCCUCCAGCACCAUCCGGUAUUUCUUCUCAGGAGUCCGUGACGUUCCAGGAUGUCGCCGUGGACUUCACCGAGAAGGAGUGGCCCCUGCUGGACUCCUCCCAGAGGAGACUGUACAAGGACGUGAUGCUGGAGAACUAUAGCAACCUGACGUCCCUGGGGUACCAGGUUGGUAAGCCCAGUCUCAUCUCACAUUUGGAGCAGGAAGAGCCAAGGGCAGAGGAGCAAGGCAUUCAGCACGGAGCUUGUUCAGAUUGGGAGACUCCGUGGAAAGCCAAGUGGCCCAUUCUUAUGGAAGGCAUUUUCGGGAAGGAGGUCUCCAGUGGUGUGACAGCGGAACCCUCCGCUCUGGGGCAGCGAUCGGCCCAGUACGCCCAGCUGCUGGAGGCGCUCCGCGCGGGCGCCCGCCUGCCGGGGCAGCCGCCGCCGCCCCCACCCCCGGGCGCGGCGGGCAGGAAGAUGCACGCGUGCCAGCAGUGCCAGAAGGCCUUCACCACGAGCGCGUCGCUCACGCGCCACCAGCGCAUCCACACGGGCGAGAAGCCGUACGCGUGCGGCGACUGCGGCCGCGCCUUCAACGACCCGUCGGCGCUGCGCAGCCACGCGCGCACGCACCUGCCGGACAAGCCGUUCGCGUGCGGCCAGUGCGGCGGCGCCUUCCGCACGCUGCCGGCGCUGCGCGCCCACGCGCGCGUGCACACGGGCGAGCGGCCGUACCGCUGCGGCGAGUGCGGCAAGGCGUACGGCCGCAGCUGCCACCUGGUGGCGCACCGGCGCACGCACACGGGCGAGCGGCCGUACGCGUGCGCGCAGUGCGGCAAGGCCUUCCAGCACCCGUCGCACCUGAAGGAGCACGCGCGCAACCACACGGGCGAGAAGCCGUACGCGUGCGCGCAGUGCGGCCGCGCCUUCCGCUGGAAGUCCAACUUCAACCUGCACCGCAAGGGCCACGCGGCGCCCAAGACGUACGCGUGCAAGGAGUGCGGGCAGCCCUUCGCCGACCUGCCUUCGCGCCGCCGGCACGCGCGCCGCGCGCACGCCGCGGCCCCCAAGCCGGCCGAGUGCGCGCGCUGCGGCAAGGCCUUCCGCAACCAGUCGGUGCUGCGCACGCACAUGAACUCGCACACGGGCGAGCGGCCGUACGGCUGCGACGUGUGCGGCAAGGCGUUCGGCGCCAGCUCCAACCUCACGGCGCACCGCAAGAUCCACACGCGGGAGCGGCGCUACGAGUGCGCCGCGUGCGGCAAGGUGUUCGGCGACUACCUGUCGCGCCGGCGGCACGCGAGCGUGCACCUGGUCCGCCGGCGCGCCGAGUGCCGGCAGUGCGGCAAGGCCUUCCGCAACCAGUCCACGCUCAAGACGCACCUGCGCAGCCACACGGGCGAGAAGCCGUACGAGUGCGAGCACUGCGGCAAGGCCUUCAGCAUCGGCUCCAACCUCACCGUGCACCGCCGGAUCCACACGGGCGAGAAGCCCUACGAGUGCCUGGCGUGCGGCAAGGCCUUCAGCGACCACUCGUCCCUGCGCAGCCACGCCAAGACGCACCGCGGCGGCGAGAAGCUCUUCGCCUCGGCGGCGUGCAGGAGGCUGCAGUGAGCGCUGGCCUCAC